UAUCAUUCAAGAAAGACAAGCAAAGCACAAAAGAAUCUCAGGUUCUUCAUCUUCUUCUCUUUAUAAACUCUCAAGCGUUAACAUUUCAUUACAUUAGCAGAUAUGGUGUUGGCCCAGGUUCAUCAAUUUGAGGAGGACUCCUCAUCCUCCUCAAUUUGUCCCAUUUUUGGGUCCAGAUACAUUCAAGAGCCAAUUCCAAGAUAUACAUUGCAAGAGAAACAAAAUUCCAAAGAGGUGGCGUACCAAAUAAUCCAUGACGAAUUACUACUAGACAGCAACCCAAGGCUCAACUUAGCCUCCUUUGUCACCACUUGGAUGGAACCAGAGUGUGAUAAACUGAUGUCAGAGGUCAUGAACAAGAACUAUGUGGACAUGGAUGAGUACCCAGUCACUACAGAACUUCAGAAUCGUUGUGUGAAUAUCAUAGCUCAUCUAUUCAAUGCACCUGUUGGUGAGAAAGAAGCAGCAGUAGGAGUUGGCACAGUGGGAUCUUCAGAGGCUAUAAUGUUAGCUGGGCUUGCAUUCAAGAGAAGGUGGCAAAACAAAAGGAAAGCACAAGGCAAGCCUUGUGACAAACCUAACAUUGUCACUGGAGCUAAUGUGCAGGUUUGCUGGGAGAAAUUUGCAAGGUACUUUGAGGUGGAACUCAAGGAAGUGAAACUAAGGGAAGGGUACUAUGUUAUGGAUCCUGUGAAAGCUGUGGAGAUGGUUGAUGAGAACACUAUCUGUGUUGCAGCUAUCUUAGGUUCAACACUCAAUGGAGAGUUUGAAGAUGUUAAACUUCUCAAUGAUCUUCUUACUGUCAAAAAUACAAAGACAGGGUGGGAAACUCCAAUUCAUGUAGAUGCUGCAAGUGGGGGAUUUGUUGCACCAUUCUUGUAUCCUGAACUUGAAUGGGAUUUCAGGUUGCCACUGGUGAAGAGUAUUAAUGUGAGUGGGCAUAAAUAUGGUUUAGUUUAUGCUGGUGUUGGAUGGGUGAUUUGGAGGAGUAGCAAAUAUUUGCCUGAAGAGUUGAUUUUCCAUAUUAACUACCUUGGAGCUGAUCAACCUACUUUUACUCUCAACUUCUCUAAAGGAUCUAGUCAAAUUAUUGCACAAUAUUAUCAGUUUCUACGCCUUGGUUUCGAGGGAUACAAGAAUGUGAUUAAGAACUGCAUGGAAAAUGCCAUGAUGCUAAGUGAAGGGAUUAAAAGAAUGGGGCGGUUUGAUAUAGUUUCUAAAGAAUAUGGAGUACCAUUGGUUGCAUUCUCAUUCAAGAAUAAGAAGGACAUGCAUUUGGCUUUCAAGCUAAGCAAACUUUUAAGGCAAUAUGGUUGGAUUGUUCCGGCAUACACAAUGCCGGCUGAUGCCGACCAUGUAACUGUUCUUCGUGUUGUUGUACGAGAGGAUUUCGCUCGACCAUUGGUUGAAAAAUUCCUCUCACAUGUCGAAAUCUCUUUGAAUGAGCUAGAUUCUAUGACUGAAGCACCAGCUCCGACAAUUUGGCUCACAGUUGAGCUGAAGCCUAGUGAAAAUGUUGAUGAUGAAGAUGGCACCUUUCACAUUCCAUCAAGUGUGACCAUGAAGAAAGAAUUGGUGCCAAUAAAUAAGAGCAUUCCUUUGAUGGGAGUAAAGACUAAAGGAGUUUGUUAAACAGUUAAAAGUGAAUAAAUAUGCAUAAUAAAUGCCAUGUUGCCUGAAAAAAAAUUUGAUUUUAAGGGAAAGUACAAGCACAACCUUGCUUUUAUCCGUAGCGCACCUGAAAGAAGGCUUAUGAGUAAUACCUAUAGAGUUAGAUUUACACCUACUACACUUGUUUAAAGGUAUCAUAGCAAUUUGACGAAAAGACAUGCCGAAAGAAAUUACUUUGGUUGCACUCAUGUAAUAUAUGAAAUUCCAUUAUUGUGGUUCUUUACUUUUUCCAAUCCAAAAAGGUGAGAGAGGAGACAAAUGCUCACUAACCUUUUGAUGCAGAUGGCUUUGAUUGAUUCUCAAGAAUUCCUCUUUUGAAGUCA